GAGCUGUUUCAGAAUAUUUGAGGAUAAUUUCAUCCAAACUUAUCUUGAGGUUAAUCGGAGGCAAAUUAAAGGGGAAAGUAUAUUCAUAAAAUAUUUAAAUGACAAAAUAAAAAUCGUUCAUGCAAAAAAAUAUUUUCGAAAUGUUUACAGCAGCGCUGUCAGCCUGUCUUUCGUGGUUCCGCUUUAGCCGGGCAAGAUGGCGCUGGCAACAAAGAUUGUCAAGAAGGCCGGCGACAAGCCGACAGACUUUGAGAACUCGAUUGGCCAGGCUCUGCUGGAGCUGGAGGCCAACACUGACCUGAAGCAGCAGCUCAAGGAGCUCCACAUCACUGCCGCCAAGGAGGUCGAUGCCGGAGACAAGAAGGCGAUCGUAGUGUUCGUACCGGUGCCCCAGAUGCGCGCCUACCAGAAGAUCCAGACCCGCCUGGUGCGCGAGCUGGAGAAAAAGUUCAGCGGCCGCCAGGUGGUGUUUAUCGCUCAGCGCCGCAUCCUGCCCAAGCCCACCCGCAAGAUGAACAACAAGAGCAAGCAGAAGCGGCCCAUGAGCCGGACGUUGACGCACGUCCACGAGAUGAUCCUCGAGGACCUCGUCUACCCCGCCGAGAUCGUCGGCAAGCGCAUCCGGAUAAAGCUGGACGGCUCGCGGCUGAUCAAGGUGCACCUGGACAAGGCGCAGCAGACCAACAUCGAACACAAGACCGACACAUUCGGCGCCGUGUACAAAAAGUUGACCGGUAAGGACGUCACUUUCGAGUUCCCCGAGCCAUACCUGUAACGUGUGACCACUCACCAAUACAUCGGCGAUGCGGUA